UGUUAGCGCUAAAGUUUGGAGUGAUUCGUGGAAGUUUCCUGGACGAAGAAAAGAAGAGCGGAAAAUCAAGAACUCGUAAGAUGGCUUUUCGGAGGAGAAAUAAGAGUUACCCUUUCUUCAGCCAAGAGUUUCUCAUUCAGAAUCACGCCGACAUCGUGUUUAGUCUGGUUAUCUUCAUUUUGAUUGGACUGAUGUUUGAGACAACAGCGAAAACAGCUAUUUUAUUCAUUCAGCCGCAGUAUAACAUCAGCACCAUGACCGCAGAUGGAGAAGUAUCUCUAUAUCAUUAUGGAUGGAAGGAUUGUGCUACUGUUCUUUUCUAUCUCUUCAUCACCAUAAUACUUCAUGCUGUGGUGCAGGAGUAUGUUCUAGAUAAAAUAAACCGACGUCUCCACCUGUCGAAGAGUAAAAACACAAAGUUUAAUGAAUCUGGGCAGCUAUGUGUGUUUUACAUGGUGUCUAGUUUAUGGAGUCUCUACGUCAUCGCCACAGAGGGAUAUCUUCUGCAUCCCAGCAGCCUUUGGGAGAAUUACCCUCAUGUACACCUGAGGUUUCAGGUGAAGUUUUUCUAUCUCACUCAGCUGGCGUACUGGUUUCACGCGCUGCCUGAACUUUACUUCCAGAAAGUGAGAAAGGAGGAGAUCCCUCGUCAGCUGCAGUACAUCAGUCUCUAUCUGUUACACAUUCUGGCUGCGUAUCUGUUAAAUUUGACUCGAGUCGGGCUGGUUUUGUUGUUUCUUCAGUAUCUCUCUCAAAUGGGGUUCCAUCUGUCCCGACUCUUUUACUUUAUUGAUGAAAACCACCAUAAAAUGUUUGAGAUGUGGUCCAUUGGGUUUGUUCUGACCCGCAUGAUCACUCUAACUCUGAUGUUCUUGGCUGUUGGCUUUGGUUUGGCUCGUUCUGAAAACCAGACGCUUGAUUUGGAAACAGGAAACUUUAACACCCUUUCUGUCAGGCUGCUGGUGUUGUUCGUGGUGUGUUUCACUCAGUCGUGGCUGCUCUGGAAGUUCUUCCGUUUCCAGCUGAGCCGAACACGCGAGCUUCGACUGGAGCAGGCGGCCCGCAAGAGAGCAGCCGCUAAGCAAUUCAUGCAGCGUACGCUCAAACGUGAUACAGUUGGUCACCAUGAGAAUGGACUGAUUAAAGCAGAGAACGGGACAUCCCCUCGCCUGAAAAAGAUCAAAACUCCUUAAACUUCAUCCCCAUUCCAACGCUUAGCCUCUCCAAACCAACGGCACAGGAAUGGGAAACAGUUCAGCCUGCUGCUUCCUGUUUCCAUGUCAGGAGAAAUGAAUGUGCUGUUUCUCAGAGGAAGUGACGUCACAGUACAGUGGCACGCUCAACAGACUCUUGUCAACUUCUCUUUAUCAGUUUCAGUGUUCAUGUUAUUUCUUUUGUAUAUGCUUCUAAACUUCACUCAGUCCUUCUUUAUUAAAGCGCUGUUUUGAGGUUAGUUUUUUUUUCUGCACGUCACGAGGUACAAAUAUGGUGACUACCGAGGAAGGACACUUAUUGAGAUUAUAAAAUGUAUAGGUGGGUUUAACAGAUUCCAAACACCAAGAUUUAGGUGAUUUUCACAGUGCAACAGAACUGGCAGAGGACAGCCCUUGUUUUGGUCUGGUUUUGAGGUAGGAAAAAGUAUUGUAUUAGUGAAAUGAUCACUAACACUCACUCUUUCCAUUGAAAUAUUAAAUGCUGUUGGAGUUUCUCCCAUGAUGCUUUGUAAGUUUAUACAGUUUGAUAUGUGAUUGAAUAUGACGAUCAAAAAAAUUGUUUUUGAAAAGCUGAAUUGAGUCUCGUCUUUUUACAGAUAUUUUGGGUAUUACUGCUUGCAAGCACUUUGCAAACUUUUUAAUGUUUACUUUUGUCUUCAUGCAUUACAUCAUUCUGUAAUUUCAUUGUCAUUUCCACCAUUUAUAAGAGCCACGUGGUGACUUAUUUUUGCGGUGAAUAUCACAACCGUGCCUUGGUCUUAUAGACACAAAUCAAAAUAAAAUAUAU